AGUCCAGAGGGGGGCCUCGGUGACCCGCGUCCGGGCAAGCGAAACUGAUACCCAUUUGUCUUAUUCAUAGAGGUUUUUGGAGCCGUGCUUUGUCUCACCUAGGACCUGUUUGCCAUGGGUGACCCUACCAGGGGUAUAAAGCCCCAGACAACUGAGCUCCUAGGAUCAUUGGGACACACAAACCCCUCCACCACGAUAAGGUGACGGCUCAAGGAGGGAUGGUAGGAAGUAAUGAAGUACAAAAUAAAUACUCCAUUACUGUCCUUAAGUAGAUUUUUCAUCUGUACUUGAGUUGGUUUAUUUAUUUUUUUAUUUUUUUAAGACAACUUCUUACUUUUACUCCCUACAUUUGAAAACUGAUAUCUGUUUUCUGCUCCUUAUUUUCGUGGAUGACAGAACGACGUACAGUAUGAACGCUGGAACAAGAGAGGGCAAGUCAACCGUGGUUGAGAGCUUGAUUGCUUUACAGUGACAUGGAGGAAUGUGAACCAGGGUGCAUUAACGACGAUGGCAACAAAUUCAAUUAUGCAAAAUUUUCCCCAGCCACAGGCUGAUUUAAGAGAAUUGGUUGAUGGUGUUGCUGCCAAGAAUGAUUUGUGGCGAAUGCAUUGUUUUGUGCUAGUCAAAAGACCACCAGCUUCUGAUUAAUAAUAAUAAAUGAAAAAUAAUCGGUCUAAGAGUGAAAAAAAACCACUCUUUAGCUAAUAAAUUUUUUUUUGUUACUUAGUUCACAAUAUAUGUAUAUUUAAAAACAGAAAACGACUUAAUAAAGGAGGAAAAAUAUUUUUUGCGCAGUUUUUAUUUCCGUGUGCCAAGUUCAUUAAACAGGUCCAUCCAUCCAUCCAUUUUCUGAGCCACUUCUCCUCAUUAGGGUCGCGGGCGUGCUGGAGCCUAUCCCAGCUGUCAUCGGGCAGGAGGCGGGGUACACCCUGAACUGGUUGCCAGCCAAUCGCAGGGCACAUAGGAACAAACAACCAUUCGCACUCAUGCCUAUGGGCAAUUUAGAGUCUCCAAUUCAUGCAUGUUUUUGGGUUGUGGGAGGAAACCGGAGUGCCCCGAGAAAACCCACGCAGGCACGGGGAGAACAUGCAAACUCCACACAGGCGGGGCCGGGGAUUGAACCCGGGUCCUCAGAACUGUGAGGCUGACGCUCUAACCAGUCGGCCACCGUCCCGCCUCAUUAAACAGGUGUUGUAUAUAAUUAGCAGUAAAAUUUAAUUUCAAAAUGUUUCCUUUUUUUACUUAAGUAAAUGACUUUAAUUAGUAUUUCUACUUUUACCAGUACAAGAAUAUGUACUUCUAAUUAAGUAUAGACUACAGAGUGUGAGUACUUCUGCCACCUCUGACUAAAACAAUCUGAACUCUCUUGUCAACAUGUAGUCCCUGUUAGCAGCUCAUCUACCGCUUGAUGCGGCUGAACUUGCCAAACCUGUCUGUUAUCUCAACAGACGUGUGACAGCAGCAUUAUGUUGGCAUCCCUCUACUCUUUAUUUGUUCAAACUCCAUGUAAAGAAUACUGCUUUUAAAUAUCAGAAUUGUCACCACUUGCGGCUGAUGCAUCACUGACUUUAGGAUAGUAAAAAUAAUUAUACAACCUGCCCAAAGUGCACCGUUGUGGAGUGUUCUUUCUGUUGAGCAGUUUGUGAUUAGUUAAGAUGUUAUCUUUUUGAACCUUAAACUUUCCUCUAUCUGUUAGUAGUUGAAGUGGAUGUACAAGCACUCAUGCUAUCGAACCUAUUGUGUUACAAAAUUCCUACAGAUAAUGACAAAUAAAGGCAUACAUAAUCUCACUUUUGUUAUUAGUCAUUUUUUACUUUUAGAAUGAUUUGAGGUGUUGUGCAGGUUGAUUAAGUCUCCCUGUGCCGUUGGGCGGCUCCAUGUAUUGAUUGGCAGUACGACUGCAGGGAGGAGUCUGUGCUGAUAGAAGUUGAGUCAGCUGACAAACUAGCUCACUCUUCUGUCUGGAGAAAAAAAACAUACGGCGGCGCGUCAGCCAUUAGCAACUCACCAAACUGCUGACAGUAUUUGUGUGAGGGGAAAACUGAUCUCUCGAGUCAACAAUGCCUAGCGAUAGUGCCUUGGAGGUGUACAAGCAGAUGGUGCUCCUCUACCUGGAGGAGGGCCGGCGGCAGGUCAACUCGCACUGCAGGGACUUGGAGCCAUGGCAGAUCAUCGGAGUGACGCUUGUCACCACACUGGGAGCAGUCUGGCUUAAAGGAUUCCUCUUCCAGCAAGAAAGUCUCCUUUCCAGAAUGAAGAAGCAGUGCUUUCGACUCAUCAGAAAAAUACCCUUUGUUGGCGGGGCGAUCCAGAGCCAACUGAACAAGGCCUUAGAUGACAUGUCUGCUAGUCUGUGCACUCUGAAGAAUGGCAUGAGCUACACUAAAAAGCUGCCUUUAAAAGGCCUCUCGCAGAGCCAAGUCCUAGACAAGAUCAGCGAGUACCAAACUCUGAAUGAAGUGCAGUGGCAGACUGGCUGUGUUUCAGGCGCAGUGUACUGGGGUGAUGAAACACUGACUAAACUCCUGGUGAAGGUGUAUGGAGAUUUUGCAUGGAGCAACCCCCUUCACCCAGACAUAUUUCCUGGUGUAAGAAAGAUGGAGGCAGAGGUCGUUAGAAUGGCUUGCACGCUUUUCCACGGUGGACCCAACUCGUGUGGCACAGUGACUUCAGGAGGAACGGAGAGCAUACUGAUGGCCUGCAAGGCGUACAGAGACAUGGCGUAUGAACGAGGUGUCAAAUACCCAGAAAUUCUCGCGCCAGUUAGUGUCCAUGCAGCCUUCGACAAAGCAGCACAUUACUUUGGGAUGACGCUUGUUCACAUUCCCCUCAAUAUAAAAACAAUGCAAGUUGAUGUGAAGGCUAUGAAGAGAGCCAUCAACAAGAAUACAGCCAUGCUUGUGUGCUCAGCCCCCCACUUUCCACACGGGAUUAUGGACCCGAUUGAGGAAGUCGCAAAGCUGGCUGUGCACAACCACCUGCCAUUGCAUGUGGAUGCCUGUCUGGGCGGUUUUCUGAUCGUCUUCAUGGCCAAGGCUGGCUACGCACUCGCACCGUUCGACUUCAGGGUAAAAGGUGUUACUAGCAUCUCUGCAGACACUCACAAGUAUGGCUACGCCCCCAAAGGUUCUUCAGUGAUUCUCUACAGUGAUACAAAGUACCGGCACUAUCAGUACUUUGUGGCUCCAGACUGGCAGGGUGGAAUAUAUGCCUCGCCCUCCAUAGCGGGCUCCAGGCCUGGAGGAAUUGUUGCGGCCUGCUGGGCGACCAUGAUGUAUAUGGGAGAGAAUGGAUAUGUGGACGCCACUCGGAAGAUCAUCCGUGUAGCACGCAAAAUCAAAACAGAGGUUAGAAAGAUGAAAGGUGUGUUUGUGUUCGGGGAUCCACAAGUGUCAGUUGUGGCAAUAGGGUCGAAUGAUUUCGAUAUUUUCCGUCUGUCUAACGCACUGACGUCAAAGGGCUGGAAUCUGAACACACUUCAAUAUCCAUCCAGCAUCCACAUUUGUUGCACAGUUCUGCACACCCAGCCGGGUGUUGUGGAACGCUUUGUUAGUGAUGUCAGAGAACAGGUUGCCAUCAUUAUGAAGAACCCCAAAGAGAAAACCACAGGAAUGGGAGCGAUCUAUGGCAUGGCCCAGUCCAUCCCAGACAGGUCCAUGGUAACGGAGAUCUCCAAAGCCUUCCUGGACUGUCUCUACAGCACAGAGGUGGCCAAGUCGAGCACCAGCCACAUGAACGGUAACGGCAAAGCCCACUAAAAGGAUCAGGGUUGUUCUGAGCUCGCUGCAGAUGGGGAAACUUGCUCAUCACCUCCCAUUACUCAGAGUUCAUCGUUGAAUGGUUGCCUUAACCUGCAUCGCUGCAGAUAAAAACGCCUGCAAAGAUUUUUAAAGCACAAGACAUCCUUGUAAUCAUCCCAGAGGCAAAUCACUCAAAGACUGGCUCUCUUUUAAAUGUGUUUUGGUGUUUGAUUAGAUUUACAUAAUAUAGUGAAUGUAUUUGUCAUUAGAUUCAUUUCAAGAUUAGCCAAUCUGCAUAGGCAACAUAUGUUUUUAAAGCCGCAACAUUUCAGUUUGCUGCUGUCAUUUUCUCAAUCUCUGAUGACUCCGCAAAAAAAAAACACAGACCACUGAGAGCUUCAUGUUGUGCUGCGCUUGUGAAACAGGAUCCAACUGCACGAGACCAGUUCUGCACAUCAUGAAAACUGUUCUCUCGCAUUUUUAACGUAAGAGCACUGCAAUGGGCUGUUUAAAGCACCUGAUAGUACCACUCAGUCAUCCUCUAUUUUCACUUUAGAGCCUCGUUUGAUAGCACUUAAUGUCAUUACUUUCAAUUGUUCUGCAUUUGUUGUACAUUUGUAGUUGGACUUGUAGACAGGGGGAGAAUUAUUUCAAAUGUGGAAGUGUUUUACAUCCCAUUAUAUCAGACAAAUGCUUGAAAUUGAACAGCUAGUGUAACCCAAAGCUUAACAGCUACAGUAUAUUGGUCGUCUUACCCAUUUGAUAACAACACUGUAACUACAGGUAAAUCACAUUUACAAGAUCAAUGAAGCGAUUGUAGUCAAGUGCGUGACUUCUUCCAUAUUUUAAUAAUUGUCCUAAUUCAAUCUACCUCACUUUGUACUUCUACUUUCAGUGCAAACCUACAGAGCAACUGUUUGCUUUUAUAUUCUAAAAGUCACACCUGUAAAACUUCAACACGGUCAGGGCAUUUGAGUUAUCUUUUGAUGUAGAAAACAAUUAUAGCGAUCCGCCAUGGUUGAGGCUAUUGAUUGACAAGAUAACACAUUUUCACCUCUGCACUCAAAGGACCAUGUUUUAUAUUCAUGGCAUUGUUUCCCUCUUUGUGCAAUAACUGUUUCUUUUAUUAAAUGAUAGAAUGGUGACUGGUCUGUAAUAAUGGUUAUCAAAAUGUAAUCAUGUUUAUUGAUAGCUUAUCAUCAGGCUAGUGGGUGUUUGUAUUCUUACAAAUGUUGAAUACUUUUCAAAAGAUGACGAUAUGAAUGUUUUUACUAGCCUGAGCUGCACUCCUAUCAGGGUUUUAAUGUUGAUUCAGAUAGUUCCUGCUUCAAAAACCGAUGGCAACAAUGCUCCCCACCAAUGAUAUAUCUUCAAAGGACGAAUAUUCACAAUUGAAUUGCACAAGUCUGUCUUAAAUUGGGGGAAAAAAAAAAAAUAGCAGCGCUCUAUGAUUGACUUACUGUGUGUUGUAAUGUCAAUUGAUGUUUUUUAUGAUGCAAGGUAACAAUGAGCGUUCACCUCUGUGCCAACAGAGGUUUCCGUUCAUACUGCUUUUAUUUCUUCUUAACACCCUCAGGGAUUGUUAUGUAACAGAAGUCAUUAAGGUCCAGUGCGCUUAUUGGGGGUGGACACUAUAGUCAGCCCUUCAACUUCAAGCCAUCUCAAACUCUCUCUCUCUUUCACACACACACACACGCAGAGAGAGAGAAACCGAGACCUUCAAUCUGGUUGAAGGUCUGAGAUUUGUCUACACUAGGACAAUAUACUAAAAAUGUACUAUGUACUUGUGAUAUUCAUCAAAGUUGCAUCAAAUAGCCCCCAUGGUUGCUAUAAUCCAAAAGUCAAAAUUGAGUAGCAUAAACAAUGAACGAUUUAGUGUUAAGAUUUACAAUAUGUUUUCAAUAAAAUACAUAUGCUGUG